GAUGCAUAACUAUGUACUUUGAUCGGAUCCCCCCACAUUCCGAUCUUUGCACAACGAAAGCCAUGCUUGAAAGCGACGAGUUCUGCGGUACGUCUUCCCAGAGUGAGCAGAUGUCCGAGGUGCAGUCCCUCGGCUCUGUCCCAUCCUGUCAUCUCUCGGUCAACUCCGACUCCAGCUGCUCUAGUCCUGAGCCGAAACCACUGGCAGAGCCACGGGUCAGAAGGCCGCUGAACGCCUUUAUUAUCUGGACCAAGGAGGAGCGCAGACGCCUUGCCAAACUCAACCCUGAACUAGAGAACAAAGAACUCAGCAAAAUGCUCGGUAAAACUUGGAAGGCCAUGUCUCUGGCAGAGAAGCGGCCCUACAUGCAGGAAGCAGAGUGCCUGAGAGUACAGCACACCAUCGACCACCCCAAGUACAAGUACCGGCCCCGCAGGAAGAAGCAGCUGAAGAAGGGCCCCAAAGCCCUACCUGUGGAGGCCCUGGUCCCUCUCAACUACCUAAUCCAGAACCAGUGCCAUCAGCAGCAAGCCUACCCAAACCCAGCCAUCUACCCAAACUCCCAGGCAUACUUCUCCCAUAUGCCCGGGACCUACCCAAACAGGUCCAAUUACCCAGACCCAUCAUCCACAUUCCCUAACGAGCCUCAAGAAUACUCUAACACAGGGACAUACCCAGCAGAGCCUCAUCCAUACUACUCUACCCAGCAUGGGCUGCAGCAGUGUGAGGCCCCCAGCCCAGCUUAUGCUGUGUCUCAUUGGGAGCAGGGGGACUUCAUGGCCCAGGGCCUCCAGCUGUUCUCCUCCACUGACCUCUCUCUGGAGUUCUAUCUGGAGCAGAUUCACCUAGAUAUGCUGUAUGAUCUGGACCGCAGUGAGUUUGAACAGUACCUGAGCCCGCCCCCAUGCAGGCCUGAGCCAAUGGAGUACAGUUAUCACCAGCAAGGCAGCCUACGGGAGGCCUGAAUUAUGUAAUUUGCCAUAUAUGGCAAAGAUUUUAGCUAUUUUUGUGUGUACAGUAUAGAUGGGUUGGCUGACAACG